AUGUCUCAAAUCCCAGAAGAUCACUAUUCUGACCUAGAUGAAAAUGAGAAACCAGAACCUAGAAUACUUGAAAUGCCAGGACUUCGUAAAUUGUCCGUGGAUACCCAAUCAUACACUGCAGAGACAGGCGCAGAGCAGUUUUCUGAGACUGAUGAAGAGGCACAGCCACUGGAGACUGAGGAAAAGAACUUUAAAGAGGAGGAUCCAGAAAAUGAAAAGAAUAUACAAUUAGAACCAACCUGGACCUUUGAAGAAGAAAUUCCCAAGGAGACACAAAUGGACCUGUUUAUUCAAGCCAAACCAGAGAUUCCCCAAGCGUUGAAAUCAGAGACACUGGGAGAAAUGGAAGGCAAGCUUUGCAAGAAUUUGAAGAUCUCUGUGGAUUAAAAGGGUAAGAAACCAGACCUCGAACCACAAGAGGAGGCUAAACCAGAUGUCACAGAAUGGGCUACAGAAACAGAUACACGGUUACCAGUGGAAACCAAAUUUGAGAUUUCAGGAACCGCAACCAGUGAGACAAAAUUAGAGUUACUACUAGAGGAGUCUGAACUGGAGGCUGCAGAGGAAUCACUUAAAAGAAACAGAUGUAGACCCUUCAGAGAAACAGAUGAAGAAACAGAUCUAGAGCCUUCAGAGCAGACGAAACCAGAUUUUGCAAGUGGGAAAUCAGGAAAAUCAGUUGAAGUAGUAGAUCUUCAGUUGCCCAAGAUGACCAAACCAGAGAUUCCAAAGGAGACACAAUACAAGUCAACUGAAGAAAAAAAGAUAGAGUCAUCAGGGCAGACUAAACUACAGUUUCCAGACCAGAAACCAAAAAUACUUGUUGAGAAAACAGACCUACAACCUUCAGAAGAGACUAAACCAGAGAUUCCAGAGAAAAUGCAAAGAAAGUCAACUGAGGAGAUAGGAAGACACAUUAAGCAAGAAUUUCCUAGCUGGAAAACAAGAAAGUCAACUGAAGAAAAGGUUCCAGAACCACUGGAAUCAGAAUUUCCUGAGCAACAAUCAGGAAAACCAAUUAUCAAAACAAGUCUAGAACUAUCAGAAAAGACUACAUCAGAGGUUACAAAGGAGACAAAAAGGUCAGAUGAAGAAAAGAUUCCAGGGACACAAGCAGAGACUAAAUUAGUACAACCACAGGAGAUCAAACCAGAUGUUGAAGUGGAAACACGAAGAAAGUCAAUUGAGGAGAAAGUUCCAGAGUCACUAGGGUAUACUAAACCAAUAGCUCAAAAAGAGAAGCAGAGAAAAUCAAGUGAGAAGACAGGACUGGCAUUGCCAGAGAAGUUGGAGUCAAAGAAAACGCUAAAAAACUCAGCCAAGGAAAAAGGCCUAGAGCCAUCAGAACAGAUUGAAUUGGAGUUUCCAAAAAUGAAACCAAGAAAACCAACUGAGGAGACAAGUCAAGUGCCACUACAGAUGAUCAAAUCAGUUCAAGAGAAGAGACAAACAGAGUCAACUGAGGAGAAAAAUCUAGAGUUACCAAAUGAAGCCAAAUCAAGAGAAACAAGGAAAUUUGUAAAAGAAACCGACAAAAUUAGAAACAGUGAGGCAUUAGAUUCUCACAGAGGAAGUGAAGUAGACUCAGAUAGUACACAUUAUGGGAAAUCUCAAGAAUCCUCAAAACUCCUUGAAUUUGAUUUCAAUGAAUAUAUAAACUUACGUUCCUCAGAGUCUCAAAUGGAAUUAAAAGAGUCCUUUAAUGAGAAGAAAAGUAUAAAUUUACAUGAAGAGUUGGAGGAACAGGUACCUAAAGAGGAAGAAUCCAGGCCCAAAAAAGUGAAGGAGCCACAGUUUGAGUUUCUUAAAUGGAGCCCAGAGCAGGUUGCAGAGUGGAUUAGCCAGCUAGGCUAUCCUCAAUACAAGGAGUGUUUUACUGCAAACUUCAUCGGUGGCAAUAAACUCAUCCAUGUAAACUGCUCAAACCUCCCUCAGAUGGGAAUAACAGAUUUUGAGCACAUGAAGGCUAUCUCUCGGCAUACAAGGGAGCUGCUGGGAAUUGAAGAGCCAUUAUUCAAGCGCAGCAUCACACUUCCCUACAGAGACAAUAUUGGCUUAUUUUUAGAACAAAAGAGUCAUACCGGUGUUAAAUCUGAUUCCCUGACCUUCUCCGAAUUUGUCAAAGCAGCAGGAUUAGAGGACUAUGCUCCAUAAAUAAUCCCCUGAAGAGAAUGAGACAUUAAGUUGCACUCAGCUACAAAGGAGAAAAAAGUCAUGUCACUUACCUUGAAACAGCAAACUAAAUUACUUGGGGAAAGAGGUAUUGUCCCCUUUGGGUUUUCUUUUUUUUUCCUUUUCAAUAAAGAUCAGAAAGAGGCUGGGCAUGCUGGUUCAUGCCUGUAAUCCCAGAACUUGGGAGGCUGAGGCAGGAGAAUUACUUCAAAUUCAAGGCCAGCCUGGGCUACAUAGUGAGUCCGAGACCAGUCUGAACCACAUAGUGAGACCUGUCUCAAAAAAACAAAGAAAGAAAAAAGGAUCACAGAACUGCUGGUUCCAUUCCUAGUUCUUUUACUUAUAACAUUUUCCCAUUAUUUGUAUUUUAGUUUAACCUUUUGUUAAAACAGAGUGCAAUUCUUUUCUUUCUGGGUGAUUGUAAGAAUUACCAGUAAAUCCUAAUAAUAUACCUAGUGGUAGGAACAUGUUGGAAAAAUAUAAUUUAAAAUAAAAAUGCUUGCCACCCCGGAUAAUACUUUCUACAAAUAUAGAAGUCUUUUAUUACUGAAGAAACAUUAAACUGAUGCAUGCAGCAGGCAAGCUACUAAAUAGAUUACAAAGACAAAGCAAUCUCCGUCUUUAAGUAGGCACAUUCUACGCUUUACAUACAUAAGAAUUAUCAGUAUCCAAAAGAAAAAUAAAACUUCACAUAUCUUGUUGACAAACAAAAGUUAUUACAUGGAGCCAGGGCCCUAGCUAACCCCCCAUAGAGAAAGAGAGACAGCACCAUUUGCCCCACUGCCAAGUUUCCAAGGCCCCCCAGAAGAUGGUCGGAUAAAAUUGGCAAGGGUCGUAUAAAAUUAGUUUUUUAAAAGAUAUAAAUAUAUCUUCAAAACAUCCACAGGAUUUGCAAUUAUGUCUUCCAAAGAGAAGGGAGGAAUUCAAGGAGCGGAAGUUCUCUUUAGUCAUCAGAGGAAAAAAAAAUAUUUUGAAAAA